UUGGAGACUCCAAUGGCUGUGAUCCCAGCUUCCCUCUCUUGCCUGUGGGCCCUGGCAUCAUCCUGCUGGAACAACAUCACACCAUUGCUAAUUUCUCUCAUACUGCUGGCUCUGCUGCUUGAUUAUGUGAUGUUCAGGAAGAGAAGCAGCCGUUUUCCACCGGGACCUACUCCUCUGCCUUUCCUUGGGAACUUGCUGCAGUUUGAUAUCAGGAAUCCACAUAUCGCUGCCCAGCAUUUGGCAAAGAAGUAUGGAACCGUUGUCUCAUUCCAAGCUGGAUGGCACAGUGUCAUCAUAUUGAAUGGGUUCAAGGCAGUUAAGGAGGCAUUGAUAGAGAAAAAAGAUGAAUUUGCUGACCGACCAUGCGUUCCGCUGUUGAGUCUAAUAGGUUGUACGAAAUAUUCUGAAGGAAUACUCAUGGCAAGGUGGAGCGGUGGCUGGAAGGAGCAGAGGAGAUUCUGUGUUUCCAUCCUGAAAGACACUGGAACGAGGAAGAAAACACUUGAAAAAAGGAUAUCUGAAGAAGCAAGAUAUUUGUGUUCUGAGUUCAAAUCACAAGAAGGUGCUCCCUUUAACCCAGAAACUCUUCUCUACAAUGCCAUUGGCAACAUUAUUUGCACCCUAAUAUUUGGCGACUACUUUGAUCACAAUGAUGCAACAUUCCUGAAACUACUGCAUGUGACCAAGGAUGUCAUGAAUACAGUUUCCAGAAACUUGCCCCAGAUUGUGGCUGUAGGAUCCUGGCUCUCAUAUAUUCCUGGGCCUCACCAAAAAAUUAAGAAACUUUAUAAUGAUGUGAAUGAAAUAAUAAGUGAAAUUGUGAAGGAACAUAAGGAAACCAGGGAUCCAGCAUUUGCAAGAGAUUUGAUUGAUGCAUUUCUGGAGGAAAUGGAAAAGGCCAAAGGGGACCCAAAGAGCAGUUUUAAUGAGAACAACCUUGUUAAAAUUAUUCUUGAAAUAUUUGCGGCUGGCACUGAAACUACUUCUUCCACCAUACUCUGGGGGCUGCUGAAAAUGGUCCUUCAUCCUGAGGUUCAGAAACAAGUCCAUGAAGAAAUCGAGGAAGUGCUUGGCAGGGACAAACCACCAAUGAUGGAGGACCAGCCAAAUCUGCCUUAUACUAAUGCUGUGAUCCAUGAAAUCCAGCGGUGUGGUGAUAUUGUACCUCUUGCAUUCCCUUAUAAAGCACAACAAGAUGUUCAAAUUGACAAGUUUGUUAUCCCUAAGGAGACCACAGUUUUCAGUCACUUGUCUUCGGUGUUGAAAGAUGAAGCCAUGUGGGAGAAGCCAUACCAGUUUUACCCUGAGCACUUCCUAGAUGCCAAUGGAAGGUUUGUCAAGCGGGAGGCCUUUCUGCCUUUCUCUGCAGGUCGCCAUGCCUGCCUUGGAGAGUCAUUGGCUAAAAAGGAGAUAUUCAUCUUCUUCACCAGCCUCCUGCAGCAUUUCACUUUCUGCAUACCUGAGAACCAUCCCAGGCCCAAAGAAGACAAGCUCUUUGCCCUCACAGUCACUCCAGCCCCUUUCCAGAUCUGUGCCAUCCCCAGAUAAUGUCUCCAGGAUGUCUCCUGCCUAGUCUUCUAUGAUGGCCUAAUAAUUGUAACUUGCCAGGAAAAGGAAAUUUGGAGAAAUGAGAUUUAUCUUCCUAUUUUCAAAACAAUGUGAUACAUGAAUGAAAUUGAUGGUCAGAACAUUAGUACAUUUUGAAUGAGGACAAAUGUACCUUAUAGGGAAAGAAGGAUAACUAUUCCUCUCACAUGUGUUUCAGAGCAUGUGAGAUUCUUUAUUACUAGUACAUGUAUUCCUA